GCUGGGAGGCUGUGAAGGGCAGGGCCCCUGCCUGGCACCACCACUGUUGAGGGAAGGAGGCGCAGCCCCAGAGUGUGGCUGAGGCCUGGCCGCCGCCGUGAGGGCACCGCUGCCACCUCAGGGGAGCAAAGCUGGGUUAAAACGAUACCAAAAUGGGGUAACACAGCCCAAGGUCUGUGGGGUAGUGGCACUGCCUCUGAGUCUCUCUUCAGAGCAUGAUUUUACGUGUAGAGCUGCUCAAGCUGAGUAACAAAAUGGAGGGAAAGCUGUUUGCCUGAGAGCCGGCAGAACCAUCGGAGCACACAGCCCAGACCAAGGAAGGAUUCACCUUGUCUGCUGCCCAGAGCCUCCUGCCAAUCACAGAGGAUCUGGGAGCACAGGGAGAGAGAGGUUGGAUAAGUGCAGCCCUUGGAGUGGCGGCGGCACUUUGAUAGCACCAAACACCACGCAAGCAAUAAAGCAUGAUGAAUGUGCAUGAGAAAAACUAGAUCUGGGCUCUAAGGCAGCCAAUCAUCUCUGCAAACCUCGACCCUUUCAGGGCAGAGUCCAACAGAGACAGAUAAAACUGUGUACCUCUGAGCAGGUGGAACCUGGGUCUGAUUCUUAGCAAAUGUGCAGCUCAUGCCUAGAUACUCAUUCCUGAAGUCUGGAUGGAUUUUAUUAGAACUGGAUGAUGUGGAAGAGCCUAAGCUGAGGCAAACCUUCCUCUGCAGAGUGUUUCUGGGGCUUUCUCCUUGCUCUGCCAUUGCCACAGAUAAAGAGGAUAAUAACCGUACCAGCUUCACCAGCCCGUGGAGAGAACAGCUGAAGAGAGCAUGUGAAAUUGCUGUGAUGAAUAGCAGAAGAGGGGAAGGCUUCUUGCAGUGAGAGAGAUCUAAGCAGCCCAUCAGGCCAGGAGGCAAACUGAGAGAAAACUUUUUUGGCUAGGGUUGAAUUAGGAGUGAUGUAUGGUGUUAAAGAACAGAAAGCCAACAGGUUCUCUGUGCAAAGGAAAACCAAAGAAAAAUGAAUGCAUCAAAAUAUGUGAUUUAAACCUUGUCUAAAUUAAGGAAGAAACACGAAAGUGCUGCUCUGAAGAAAGAGCUUGAACUCAGUCAGAGAAAAGAGAUUCUAAAACAGUAACAGAGAAACUUCCUCCUCUUUAGAGACAGUGAAAGAGAAAAUAGCAUGUGCCUUCCUAUUAAAAACGUGUCUUUCCAAGGAGAAAAGGCUCAAAACCUGAAUACUUCAAAGAUAUUAACCCCAGUGUGCUCCAGAUAACUCCUGCAGAGAUGGGCAGCAAUGGUGGUGUCAGAACACUUGAAAACAGUGACCUGGAAGCCUCUGUUCCAGAGGCAAGACCAAGCUGUUCUGUCUGCCUAAGACACUGCCCAUAUUCCUGGUGGGAUCAGUGCAGACCACUGCUGCAGCACCCCAGCCUCCCCACUGCCUUCAGGAGCUGCUGAAGAAAAGGCAGCCCAGCCCAGGGAGGUACAAACUGACUGACCCCUUCAGCUGCAGAUGCCUCUGGGCUGUUGGCAGGAUUUGCCAAGCUGCAAUCUGCCUCUGGCCACACGCCACACUCACCUUGUGAAGGCCUCGGGCUGCUUUGAAUCCCUGCUACCAGCAGCAGUCUAAAUGUUAAAGAUCAGCACAUUGGACAAAUAUUAACAGAAUUUCAGGCCAACAGCUCAGCAGCAAAAUGCUGCCAUGUGCUGAGAUUUCUUCCUGAUCAGUAGCUGUGAGCUUGUGUCAGCAGCCUCUUCUCCAUUUCACUAAUGACAGCUGUGAACCUCCUCCAUCAACAAGCUGGCUUAAGCCAUGCCAUGACUGCCUCUGCUGCCUCUGUACACUCAGCAAACCCUUCCUCCUGCUCAGAGAGUUCUGGAAGCUCACAUACAUCAUGGUAGGACACUGAUUUCACUGCUGGCUCAGUGAUGAACUGUCACAGCUGAGACAGCCACGACACACAGAGCACCACCACACAAUUCCAGAAGGCUUCAAGCAUUCACCCAGAGUAACACCACACAAUUCCAGAAGAAUUCAAGUAUCUGCCCAGACAGAGUAAUAUCACACCACCUCAAAAGGCUGCAAGCAUCUGCCCUUGCUGUUCUCCAGCCCAACCCUUUAUCUCCUCACGUUGAUGCAAUGCCCCUGUGUGCCCUCUGCUCCCUUUGGUGGUUGGGCAGUACCUGGGCACUCCAUGGCUCAUUGCUUUGGAGCUCACUGGGGAUGAGGUCAGGCACAGCCCCACUCCCAAUCCCACAAACUGUGUGCCUGCAAUGAACAGAUGUCAGGAAAAAAGGGUAACAGGAGAAAGCCUGAAAAAAGCAUUUUCUACCAGAGGCACUAGAAAAGUGCAGGAGAGUCUUUCCUCAGGUUGUUCAACAGCAAUCAGUGCAAUGUUGUUUAGGUCAUUCUCCUACUGAGGUUUCCUACAUGGAAAGUUACUUUGCCACUAGAAUAUUGGUGGAGCUCCUGUAGGUGACAGUGUGGCCAAUUCUGGACUGGAAUUUCUAUAUAUUGAAUCUUCUCUGAGAGAGGCCUACAACUUCUGGGUAAAUACAUCACCAAGAGCUAUCUGUACACCAUGCACAGAAAGCAUUAUGCAUUUCAGAAUACACUUGAUUUUUAAGUAGUUCUUGAACUCCCAAGUGCUUAAAUCACUUCUGAAAGUAAAAUAGUGACUCUUGAGUCAGAAGCUUUUGAAAGUAUUAUCCUCUGUGUUUUCCAGUUUUGUUCCUCUUCAAGCACUUAAGUGAUUUUUAAAGGCACUGAUCACCCACAGGUUGUGUUGCCGUUCCUGACAGUUGUGAGCAGUCAGCACCUCUGGAGAAGUUGAGAAAUUUUGUGCCUCAGUUCAUUUGCCUGGAUUUUAAAACUGUGGCCUCUGCUUUUAUUGACUUUUGAGACAGGUGAAGUUGAUAAAGUGAACAAUAUAAAAAGUGCAGCAGAGCAUUAAAAAGCAGGAAAGAUGAUGAGAAGAGAUUGCGGCCAAGAUUAAAAGACAGGAUUUCAUUGGGAUGUUUUCCUUAUGCCAAGACUUCCUUUUUAUUGCCUUUUUUUUCCCCUUCAUGUGGAGUUGCACUGAAAAAGCUGCAUCCUGACUCUCCCACACCCCUGGAUUUUAUCAUAGUCAGUGAUGCACACCCCUGUAAAAAGCACGUUAAAUAUUUUUGUGGUUAAACGUCACCUGGCUUGGUGGGAGCAGAAGCCUCACAUACAGGGCUCAUAGGAAUGAAUCAUUUUAUAGCUCCCAAUCUCUGCAGCUCCCCCUUGUCUGGCCCUGUUCUCAUCCUGAACCCAGCCAGGGCCUGUCCCUGCAGUCACUUGGACAAGUUCCUGAAGUCCCCUGGGCUGAGGAUUGGUGCCACAACACCCUGCUCUGGUGUCCUGUGGCAGCAGCUCUGUGCUGGGCUGGUGUCUCUGGCUGCAGCUCCUCCUGCUCCUCUGAGGCUCUCUGGGGUUUCAUGUUUGAUUUUGGAGGUCUGGACAAUGCUGCUGCUUGGAUCUCCUAAGUUAAACUGGUUAGUUGUUGGAUGGAGUGACCGCCAAGGAAAACACCUGCAGGAGGUGUGAUGGUGAUUCUGGAGGUGGCUCAGUUCCCUCACUCAGGAUUGAACUGGUCUCUCCAGGGCCAGAAAGUGAAGAACUGGCAGAGAUGACAAUUUCCAAAGGUCAGGACAGGAUGGAAAACCAAUGUCUGUUUGUUUUCUUUGCAAGGGCAUGAGGAAAGUUCCUGCCCUAGAAACAAGGCGCCUCUGGUGUGAUUAAAGAAGUCAGCAAAACUCUGCUUCUUUAAACUGGGAAAUCACUCUUUGAAAAGAUCACACCUGUGGGAUUCCAGUAGGUCAGAAAACAUCCUUAGACUACAGAUUCUUAAUUUCUCUCCUCCACUCUGGCCAUGCAGUCACAUUCCCUGCCCACAGCAUCAGUCUGUGCAGUGCUAAAAAUGCUAAAAAUGCUUCUGCCUGCUUUCCUCACACUGCUUACCUAGGAACUGUUCUGCACUAUGAGGAAUGAAGAGAACAACUACUGAAAGGUUUUUAUCCCAACCAGGAUUAAAGCAAUCACUUCCUGUUCAUGGCCAGUUGUUUCAAGUGUCACUUAGAAGAGGUGCAGGAGCAGUCAGGCUCAUUGGAGACCUGAUACCAUCUGUGGCUUGUCUUAGAUUGUCACACAGCAGGUGAACUUGGAAUGAAAUCCUCAUUCUUGUUUUAUCAAAAUCAGUUUGCUCUUUCAUCAUUUUAGGUCAAACUUUUUUUUUUUUUUUUUGCUUAGCACUUUUCCUAAGUGCUCAAAUAGCAAUGGAUGAGAGUCCUGUAACAUAAAUCUUUCAACCUCUUUGGACACUUUCCCAUGUAAUACACCUGGGUCAAAACUUCAGCUUUUAAAUGAGAAAAGAUGCUGUGGUUCCUCCCACUAAAACUGGUCAUUAUCUCACUAACAUCAGAUUUACUCCUGUGAAAUAUCUUUCUCAAAUCAGCAUGUUGUUGCAAUAACAUGUCCUAAGGUGAAAUCUGACUUUAGAGUAGAUUUUUUUCUUCAUGAAGGAGAACUUUCUGCUGAUAUUCCUCACUUGCACAGUCCAUUGAUCAUUAAUUUAUUGCAUCUUUCUGUGGGACAGUGCUGAAUGCAGGCUGGAUUAUAAGGUAUUGAGUCACUGUUCAUUACUGAUUUAUUGAAGCCUGUAAUAGGAACAGAAUGAAACAGUGUUUGAACAGCCUGUUUGAAACUAAAGUCAAAUGAAUGUAAAGCAUAUGCUCAAUGUAACAUUGUCCCAACAGAAGGAUGGAUUUCACAUCCUUAAGGAUUUUAAAUCAUAGGGGUCAAAAUUCAGGAUUUGUUUCAGUGAAUCAGUCAGCCCAGUGGAAAUGAGCUAUUUGUGAUCUCCACUGAUGGCACUUCCCCUGCAGACAGGCACUUGGGUGCUCCAUCUCAUCUGCUGCUUCUCCUGGUUAGUGCUGCAGCUCUUCAUGUGCAUUUUUGCCAGUUGCAGCUGGAAUUGCCACUUCCUAUUUGAGAGGAGAAGGGGGAGUAGGUACAGUUUCUAGAUUUUUUGUGGGUUUAGGCAUCUUCAUGACAGUUUUACUAAGCUUGCUUGUAUUAUGCUCUUCCUGGCAUUUCCUCCUUUUGAAGUCAUUAAAACCGAUUUCAUAUUUAUAAAUAAAGUGUCCUAAUGCAUCUAAUAUAUGAUGAGGUCUGGCUGCUGCCUGAUUCUCUUUUUAAUGUUUACGCCAGGUGCCUCUUGCUUUCAAGGAACCAAGCAAUGAAUAAAUUUAACAGAUAUUUCUCUUAAUUAGCCCCCAAAGAGCUAGCAAUGAAAAACACUAUCAGAAAUAUUCUAGUGCUUUAGAAAAUAUAAGACUUCUUCACAAAGCCUCUACACAGAAUUACAGAACAGCAAUAAAAUCAUCACUUGCAUGCAGAAAUAGAUUGUUUACACAGGGAUCUCUUAUGAACUGGCAUUUAUUAUGAUUAACUUCUAAUCACACAAACGUUUCCACACAUGCAUCUGAGCACAGCCACUGAAAUCAGUGGGACAGCUCUGCUGCCUGACAUUAGGUACAGGCAUUAAAGUUUGUGGGAUUAGAGCCCCAUUUGUGUGUAUCUCAAAGAGCUUUGCCUUCUCUCAGAAGGGGGAAGGAAAAUUUAUAUUCCAGAUUGGUGUAAUUACUGUAGGACACACAAUAUUGGCAAACUAGAUUCUCUGAAUGUCUGCAACAUUUCAAAGUAGUUUAAGAUAGAGGCUAAAGGCUGACAGUUUCUUAUUCCGACUUACAUUCUGCCCCCUCUGCUUUUGAUUCUGCAUUCAGAGCUGCCACAAGAAUGUCAGCACUGCAAUAAAUAUGCAUUUAUGUAGCACCUUUUUUUUUGAAGUUUUCUAAACACUUUACAGACAGCCCUUUAUAUUCACAGAUCUCAAAGUAUUUUAGAAAUCUCUGUUAGUAUUGUUUUAUUCCUUUUACUGAGGGAGCAAUGGGUUUGUUUCCAGGGGAGCAACUGAUCCAGGAGCCAGUGCUUUCAAAUUAGCUAAAUUAGAAUUCUCCUAUGAAAAUUUUCUCCAAAAGGUCUCAAGUGGCUCUGAGGGAAAACAUGAAGUUUUUAUUUCCAUCUUUCAGUGCGCUGGUAUAGGCAGGAUUACACAGGGCUAAUAAACCUCAUGUGUGCCAAGAGUCAGCCCAGAAAAUUCCAGUCAACCAGACACACAGUAAUUGUGUCUGCCCUAUGGUUGGGAUAUUGGGAAGAAAAUCCAAGAAUCCUGGCUCCAAAGUUGUUUGUUGCAGGUAGAUCAUGGGGUUGAGGGAGGUGGUGAUUCUGCACUGACUCCCACAGGUCAGUUUUACACGUGGCUUUGUGGGAGACUGAAUUUACAUCCUUGAGUCUAUGUUUUGUGUCUGGUUUAUCAGGGUUGCAGUUUAAUUGUUCCCAGGCUGUCCAGGUGAUAGAGCUAGCUGUGUGGCACCCAAAAUAUCUUUAAAACCUGGAGCCCUGGGCAGGGGAGAGCAAGGACCUGCACAUGGAUCUCUGUGCUGCAGCAGAGCCUUUGGUCCCUUUGGUGGCUGCUGCUCUGUUCUCAGGGGGCACAUCCCAGGAUCCACAGUCCUUCUUUAAGGAGUCACAUUCCCCAGCUAAGGAGUGUACAGAUCAUCCCAUUGUAUUGAUCCCAUCCCUGAAACAGCCAGCUGAGGAAAAAUCCUCCCUUGUCUCCCCCAGCCACAAGGAAAUUCCUUCAUUAGAGACCACUGUAAUGCUACAGAAAUAUUCCUUUCCAGCAACAAACUCCCCAUAAUGUUGUUAUGACAAGUGCCUUAAAAGUGGCAAUCAAUUCUUCUUUGAAGUCAUUAACAACCAAAAAUGAGUGCAGGACUUGUGAGAGGGCUGGAAAUACGAGAAGAUUUAAAGUGUAUCUCUCAAAUGUGCUCCAGCAGAGAGGAGGGAAGGGAUCCAAUUGCUUUCUUACCCUUGGAAUUUCUCUGUUGGUUUUAAUAGUCUGAUAGCCUAAUGACAAACUCCACACACACUCUGGGGUAUGUUCUCAGCUUAAUCCAUGGGGAUGCAUGUCUGUAAUACUCAUUAACGUCAGGGAGCGUUAGGAGGAACAUAAAUCUUUGCUCACUAAGAUGUGAAUCUAGAUUCUGAUGUUCACCACACAGCAUCAACUGCUGACUGAAGAAUAAGAGGAAUUCCAGCACCUAGAAAGUCUCCUUGAGAGUUCCUAGACUAAACAAUCAAUCCAGCCAAAAAAAAUCAGGGAUGAAAUUUCUACUCCACACUUUUGGUUGAAAACACCAGCUGUGAUAGAGAGUGAUGCAUAUCCAACAGGCAGGCUCCAGCUCACACAGGAAGUCCAUAAAAUCCCUGUGAAUCCCCAGCUGGCUAGACAAGCUCUCUAGUUCCACCAGAAACCCUGAAAAAUAGAUAAGCAGUACAUUUCUCAGUUAAUGGUUAGUGCCCUACAGCCCAGGAAAACAUCACACUAUGCACAUACAUAAAGAGGAAUUUUGAUGCCAAGAAAUUAGAACUACUCUAUAACAGACUUCUGAUUUGUGAUUUCUUUGGCACCAAGCCUAACACAAAAUCACUGUGAUUUCCAACUACAAAUAUUUUUGGAACCACCAGACUUGGUCCCAUGUGUAUGUUAAAUGAAAUGAAUGUUCAAAAUCCACAAUAAAACUCCAGAGGGGAGACUCCGAUUAGAAUAUUAACAUUAAUCUUAGGAAGUCACUAGGAACCAUUCAAGCUACAAUAAUAAAUUGCAAUAAAGAAGGAAUAUAAGGGCUUUUUUUGCUGUCUGUUCAGUAAGCAGGUGUUACUGUGAACACUCUAAUCUACACAGCACAGAAGUGAAGUGGUUGCCCUUAAAUUUUCCAGUUGUGUAAAACAAAUAAAUGACAUUACCAUAAUAUGUACAACAAUCCCUCUUAGAGGAGCUCAAGUGCAGCUCAGGGACUGGUGCAGAUACUGAGAUCACGUCAUGCAGCUCCCCAGGACAAGACUGGAAAGUUUUCAAAAGCAAUCCAUCUCUCAACAGCCCCAGAGGCAGGAGCAGGAUCCUGAUUCACUCCCUGUUGGUGGUGAGAGCCAUCCCUGGGCCACUUGCUGCUGACAGAGUCCCUGAACUCACCCUGGGGAGUCCCAGGUGUAAGGACAUGAUGCUGCCAUGCUGCUCCAGCAAGGGGCUGAGCUCUGACGUGCUAACUGGACUGAACUUUGAUGUAAUUUGGAUCCAGGCUGAAGUGCUUCAAUUUAAAUCUCUGAAAUGUACCUUAGCAGCAGUGGUUUGAUUGUUAAAAUGAAUGGUCACUUCCAAAAGCAGCUUCCUUUGACUUGCAGCAGCUAAUCAGGACUUCUCAGCUCUGUCACCCAGAUGAAAUGGAUAUAUAUCCUCAGUGUUAAACCUUUGUGUUUAGAAGUUUUCACCACCAUCUCUAACAUGGCAAUAAAACUGUGGUUCUCAGCAUACAAUCUUGGCUUUCAAAAUUCAGGAGAAAGAAUGAUCAGGAGGUGAACCAAACCUUUGACUGGAAUAUUUUUAGGUUUGGUGUUCUCAAAUUUAAGUGGUGACAGAAAAAGUUUCUUGUUAUCAUUAGAAAAUUGGACUCAAGUGGGACUAGCACACGAUUCAUUGUAUUUUCACAAAUAGGUGAGAAAUGAGGUGUACAGGAAUUUCCUAAUUCAGUAAAGUGCUGCUUUCCAGUUCAGGCAUUGGCUCGUGGUGGUGAACAUAUUUCUUUUGUUCUGGAGAAGUCAUUUUUUCACACCUGGCUGUUUUGUGGUGUUCACUGUACUUCUGAUGCAACCCAGAUUCCAGGAAGCCUGGGAGCUCCCAAAGCAAAGUCUGCUCUGCAGGAUCUGUAGCUCAGCAGCAACAGCAAGGAGUUGGAAGCUGAUCCAUGCUGAGCUGGAUCAUUGAUUGAAUAUUUAGGUGUUCUCUCAGAGCUUGUCAGGAAACAAACUCCAACCCUGAAAUGCAAAGCACCAAGACUCCUCAAGGAAUGUUUUUGAUCACACAUAUCAAGCAAUUCGCAAAGAACUGACCAAACUCUGGCUUUAGUGUGUUUGUGUGUCCCUGUGAGGAGUUUUCUGUGUGCAGCCUCGCAGAGCAGCAAAAUUGUCCUUCCAGAGGAAAGCAGGACCUUGCCCAUGGAAAUGCUUUUGUGCUUUUAAGGCCAGAUCACAGAAGAUCUUCUCUGGUGCUUUCAGGGGCUGUUUGAAUGUGAGCUCCAGCUGGACUGGCUCCCAAAAAGGCAAAGAAGAAGAUAGAAGGUGGUUCCAAUGUUUUCUCUAUGUUUGAACAAACCCAGAUCCAGGAGUUCAAAGAGGCUUUUACCAUCAUGGAUCAGAACAGGGAUGGCUUUAUUGACAAAGCAGAUUUGAGAGACACAUUUGCUGCACUAGGUCGUCUGAAUGUCAAGAAUGAAGAGCUUGAAGACAUGGUGAAGGAGGCGCCAGGUCCUAUUAACUUCACUGUCUUCCUUACUAUGUUUGGGGAAAAGCUGAAAGGCACGGACCCAGAAGAAACCAUUCUGAAUGCUUUUAAGAUUUUCGACCCAGAAGGAAAAGGCCGCAUAAAGGCAGACUACAUCAAAGAAAUGCUCAUGACACAGGCAGACCGGUUCAGUCAAGAAGAGAUCAACCAGAUGUUUGCUGCUUUCCCUCCAGAUGUCUCUGGGAACCUCGACUAUAAGAAUCUCUGCUAUGUUAUCACCCAUGGUGAGGAGAAAGACUGAGCAAAGAGAGGAGCUUCUCCUGUGCUGAUGCACCCAAUUAUUUCAUGAUACACAAGACAAAGGGCUAAGCAUCCACGAUGUGAAGCCAUGUGGUCAUUGGAAGACAACCAAUAAAAUAAUUUAAAAUAGA